GGAGGGCCCGGUCCCGGUCCCGGUCCGUGACCGCCGCGUUCCGCCCCCGAGGCGGGCGCAGCCCCCGCGCCAUGUGGGCCGUGCUGUGGGCGGCCGUGCGCUCCAAGGCGCCGUACGUCACCUUCCCGGUGGCCUUCGUGGUGGGGCUGGUGGGCUACCACCUGGAGCGGGCCCUCCGCGGGGACCCGGCGCCCGCGGCCGAGGACGAGAAGAGCAUCUCGGAGCAGCGGGAGGAGCGCGCGCUGCGGGAGAUCGCGGGCAAGGACCUGACCAAGGUGGUGAGCCUGAAGGACAAGCUGGAGUUCGCCCCCCGCGCCGUGCUCAACAGGAACCGCCCCGAAAAGAGCUGA